CACCAAAGGGAGUUUCCCAGCAGGUGAGCCCCCUCCUGUUUGAGGCACAUGAUUGUGUGUAUCCUUCCUCCUCUGGCUGGUAACUCACCUGCAGGUUCUGGGUCAGGUGGCUGAUGUCCCUGAGCACCAUCACACAGGAGUGUGCUGCCAAGAUCUCUCACUCUGGUUGAGUGACAGUGCAGCACUGCCUGUCGGGACAGCCCUGCUCAUUUUACAUCGACGGAGAGGUGCUUGCUGUCCAAGCAAACACAUCCCUGGAGGCUGAAACCCUUGGCUCCCCUGGAGCUCGCUGCAGUGGAAAUGCUGUCAGUUUCCCAGAGGAGCCCUGCUCUGACCUCUCUUCCCUUUGGUUUGCUGUACAGCUCAUCAGCUCGUGCUGACUCAGAAAAGCACAGCACAGCUCCCACUUGUUUACAUGUCAUGGCAGCACAGGGCUUGCAAUACAGACAUAUUUCCCAUGAAAACAAAUUGUGUGGAGCAGGCUUUCUGUUGUGAAUGUACUCUUCUUUCAUUUUUUUCCUCCCUUCUGCUUUUCCUUAUCUCUCCUAGACCCAGCUACUAGAAGGGCAGUGAGCAGAACCAGGAGCCAGAGUGUUGUGCUCAGCCUUGGCAUUGCAUGGGGGGUUGCAUCUCAUUUGUUUGCACCUUGUGUGUCUACAGUUCUGGUGAGGUCAGAUGCUUUCUGUUUUGCCUCAUAGCCUCCCUUUAGUUCAUGGGACAUUUUUCUGAUACUUCAGUGCCUCGGGUGGCUUUGUGAAAGGCAGUUAAGAAAUGGAUGUUUGCUAGGGCACCAAACUCCGCCUUGCUUCCUGCAGCUGCUCAAUGUGCAGAAGGGGGAUCAGAAAGAGAGGGAUGUGUGGGAGCAGGAACCUGAGCACUCUGCCCUUUGCAGGGCAUCCAGAUGCACUUCGAACCCAGCAGGGUGACGCAGUGAGCCGCCUGGCUCUGUUCCCAGCUGCAGGGACAGGGCGGGCUUUGGGUUCGCGCUGCGUGUGGGGCAGGAUGAGUUGUCUGCUCAGGACAGCCAGGCUCUCUGCUCGGUGGCUUUUUGGAUCUGCUGCCGCUCCGUGCCGCCGUGCCUCGCAGUUCAACGUGCCCCCCAGCGCCGAGUUCGUGGCCCGGCCCGUGGGGGUCUGCUCCAUGCUGAGGCUUCCCGUUCAGACCUCAGCAGAGGGGCUGGAUGCAGCUUUUGUCGGCGUUCCCCUUGACACGGGCACGUCCAACCGGCCUGGAGCCAGGUUUGGUCCGCAGCGGAUCCGCUCCGAGUCGGUGAUGGUGAGGAGGUACAACGCCAGCACCGGGGCAGCACCUUUUGACUCCCUGCUGGUGGCUGAUGUCGGAGAUGUGAACGUCAACCUCUACAACCUGCCCGACAGCUGCCGCCGCAUCCGCGAGUCCUACCAGAAGAUCGUGGCCACCGGCUGCGUGCCCCUCACUCUGGGUGGAGACCACACCAUAACGUACCCCAUCCUGCAGGCGGUGGCAGAGAAGCAUGGCCCCGUGGGGCUGGUGCACGUGGACGCUCACACUGACACCGGUGACACGGCCCUGGGGGAGAAGAUCUACCACGGGACCCCGUUCCGGCGCUGCGUGGAUGAAGGGCUGCUGGACUGCGGCCGCGUGGUUCAGAUCGGCAUCCGUGGCUCCUCCUAUGCCCCCGAUCCGUACAAGUACUGCCGGGAGCAGGGAUUCCGGGUGGUUCCAGCUGAGGACUGCUGGAUGAAAUCCCUGGUGCCCCUGAUGGGAGAAGUGAGGCUGCAGAUGGGGGACGGCCCGGUGUACAUCAGCUUCGAUAUCGACGGGCUGGACCCCGCCUAUGCCCCGGGAACGGGGACGCCGGAGAUUGCUGGGCUCACACCUGCGCAGGCUUUGGAGAUUAUCCGUGGCUGCAAAGGACUCAAUAUAGUGGGAUGUGACCUUGUGGAGGUGGCACCCAUAUAUGAUGUCUCUGGUAACACUGCCCUGUUAGGGGCCAAUCUGCUGUUUGAAAUGUUGUGUGUACUUCCUGGAGUGAAAAUGAUGUGAGGGCUGCUCCUGCCUGAACCACCACCAGCAGACACCAUCCUGGAUGAGGUUCCUGAUGCCCUGCUCUCCUCCAGGUGCAGUGAAUGUGUGCUUUGCAGUAAGGAAUAAAUGCCACGUGCUGCUAGAAGAGGUAGUGAAGUGUAGCAGCUAGAGAGAGCUGGGUGUCCCUUGGCCAAGUGCUGGUGUUCCAAGGGGGGGGUCUGGCUGCCCUUGGGAUGUGUGAGCUGGUGCAGACACGGGGUUGUUUGGCACAUGGAAACACGAAAGCCACCUCAUCACACAUUAAAAUAGUUUAUUUUGGUUGCGAAUCUGUAAUCCGUCUUAAAACAAAAUGACAUCAGUGCCUGAUCACAAAUAUACGCAAAAAAA